CUGAUGUGUGUGUGUGUGUGUGUGUGUGUGUGUGUGUGUGUGUGUUACAGAGAGCGCGUCCCUGCUCUGAGCCUCUUCAGUAAUCAGAGGAGCGCAGAUUCGGAAGUCACUCAUCCCUGAUCACACGCAGGUGCAGGAACGUGCUCUGAGACGUUUGAGAUUCAGGACUGAGAGAAUGAAGCGAGUUUGGGUGAAAUGGACCGUCUCUUGUGCUCUUGUGCUUCUACAGACGUGUCUGGGGCAGAAGGACUGCACUGGAGUGGACUGUCCAGGUUUGGAGCACUGCAUUGAGGAGGUGCUGGAGGGCGGAGCCUGCUGUUCCACAUGUCUGCAGCGAGGCUGCACUUGUGAAGGUUAUCAGUAUUACGACUGCAUCAGCGCUGGCUUUAAAAAGGGGAAGGUUCCGGAAGGAGAGUCGUACCUGGUGGACUCGGGCAGUACGGAGUGCAUGUGUCCGGCUGGCGGAGGCAGGAUCAGCUGUCGCUUCAUCCCGUGUCCUGAUGUUUCUCCUCACUGCAUCGAGUUUUCCGACUCAACCGAAACGUGUCCUCACUGCCUGCGUCUCGGCUGCGUCUACAACCACCAGAAACACGAAGCAGGCCACUCGUUCCACAUGGACCCCUGUCAGGUGUGUCACUGCCCCAAUGACGGAGGUGACCUGAUGUGCUCAGUGAUUCCUGAUUGCUUCUCAGAAGCAACCAACAAGCCUGAGGGAGAGAAGAAUGACCUAGAGAUCUUCAAAACCGCUGAAGAUACCAUCAGUGAAAGCAACACCUUUCCCAGUAACUCAGUACCGAUUUACCCUGACAACACGUCACAGAUGGAGGACAGUGACGAUUAUAACUAUUUCUCAGAAGCCACCGCGAAUCCAGAUGAUAUCACUCCAUCUCCUGCAGCUCCUCAAGCUCAUGAAGACACCAGGAAGGAACUCAGAGAGACUCUGGGUACGUAUGAAGCCGAAUCUACUGAAGAAGGAACUGAAGACUCUGCGUACUCUACUACGGCUAAAGAAGAGUCUUCUGAGAAGCUCUCUGAAAGCGUUGUUGGACACACUCAGGUUCCUCUAAUAGAAACCAGACCCAAUACUACAGACGAUAUCAGGAGAACUGAGACAAUUCCAGAAGAUCACAGGAACCUCCAAAACACCAUCCCAGAACUCAACACCUUUCCUGAAGUGCACUUCAUCUCCACAACCUUAGCACCGAUGAAUGUGAGGGAACACGAAGAUCAUAACCAGCCUCAAACCCUGGGGAGAUACCACCUGGAGAGAAACGACCUCCAGCUAACAUCCGACGCAGAGAGUGUCACUUUCAGGGAGGUUAGUGUGUGUUGUGCGGCGGGGGAGAACUGGGCUUCAUCUCAUGGACACUGCAACAACAUGGUACCCAUAAGGACAGAAUCGGGUUCUACCUGCCGGUCUGUUGAGAGACAGUGCUGUUUAAGUUCCCUGAGAGAGAGUCGGUGUUCGUCUGGAAUUAACAUGGCGAGACGGGGACGUGACUGUGGAGGCGACGACGUGGAUCUCUGUGACUCGUAUUCGGAGUGCUGUAGGUGCUGUGCUCUGGGUCUGCGUCUGAGAGAACAGCGAGAGUCAUGUGACCCUCCACCAGCUUUGGGUCAAACCUGUAGCCACGCCCUCCUUACCUGCUGUGAGAGGAUUCACCCAGCCAAUCAGAGCACAGUCAGGGAGAAGACACACCCCCGAGCCACCAGCCCACCCAGGAGAGUGUCUGAAGGUCCUGAGCACCAGGCGUUCUCUCUGGAGGAGGUGGACGAGACGGAGAACAUGGUGGAGGGUGUGGAGGAUGUGGAUGAGUGCCGUGUGUACGCCGGGCAGCUGUGUCAUCAUCAGUGUGUCAACACACAGGGAUCGUACGUGUGUGUGUGUUUCCCUGGAUUCGUCCUGCAGCCGGAUGGGAUUCAGUGUCUGCAGGAAGUGAUGGAGGAAGAGGAUGACAAUCAGGAUGAAGGCCAACUGGAAGCAGAUGAUGUCUUUAGUGUGAUCCCCAAACCAGUGGAAACAACCACCAUGACCUCCACAACGACCUCCACCACCACCAGCCCUCCACCUCCUGCUGUUCUAGAUCCUUGUGAAGGAAACGGGCGCUGUGCCCAGCGCUGCCACCCGUUGGAGGGUCAAGCUCACUGCUCCUGUUUCCCAGGGUUCUCUCUGAUGCCUGAUGGACGCUCGUGUGAAGAUGUGAACGAGUGCACGCUGGGAGCUCACAGCUGCGGCUCAGGGUUUGACUGCAUCAACACGGCCGGCUCGUUUAGCUGCAGGUCCAGACCCAGGUGUUUGGGAGGAUUCGCUCCGGACUCGCGGGGCCAUUGCGUGGACGUUGAUGAGUGUAGGACCGUCUCACAGCCCUGCAGUCCCGGGUUUAACUGCAUCAACACGGUCGGAUCGUACACCUGCCAGCGCAAGAUCAUCCUGUGUGGCAGAGGCUAUCACUCCAGUCCUGACGGCACCAGGUGUCUCGAUGUUGACGAGUGUGAAAGCAGAGUGCAUCGCUGUGGAGAAGGUCAGAUCUGUCAGAACCUUCCUGGAACAUACCGCUGUGACUGUCCUCCAGGCUAUCAGUACGACUCGUACAGGAGGACAUGCGUAGAUGUGAACGAAUGCUGGCGUUACUCGGGCAGACUGUGUGCUCAGACGUGUGAGAACACUCCAGGCUCGUAUCACUGCUCCUGCACCCCGGGAUUCACUUUAUCCAGUGAUGGCAAGAACUGUGAAGACGUGAACGAGUGUUUGAGCAGUCCGUGCAGUCACGAGUGUGUUAACAUCUACGGCUCGUACCAGUGUUACUGCAGACAGGGCUACUACCUGCGCGAGGACACACACACCUGUGAAGAUGUUGAUGAAUGCACUCAGAGCGUCGGUCAUCUCUGUGCCUACAAGUGUGUUAACGUUCCCGGAAGCUACAACUGCGCUUGUCCUGAACACGGAUACAGCAUGGCUCCAAACCAGCGCUCCUGCCUCGAUGUAGACGAGUGUUCACUCGGAGCUCACAACUGCACAUCAGAGGAAACCUGCUACAACAUCCACGGUGGAUUCCGCUGUCUGUCCUACAGCUGUCCGGCAAACUACCGCCGAGUCGCAGACAUCCGGUGUGAGCGAAUCAGCUGCUUGAACUCUGUGGAGUGCCAGAACUCUCCGGUGAGGAUCACGUACUACCAGCUGAGCUUCCAGACCAACAUCAUCGUCCCGGCGCUGAUCUUCCGCAUGGGUCCGUCUCCCGCCUACACCGGCGACAACGUCAUCAUCCGCAUCGCCAGCGGCAAUGAAGACGGAUACUUCAGCCCCCGGAAGCUGAAUGCAUACACUGGCGCCAUCUACCUGCAGCGCCAGCUCCCGCAGCCGCGUGACUUUCUGCUCGAUGUGGAGAUGAAGCUGUGGAGGCAGGGCACCUUCACCACCUUCCUUGCACGGAUCUACAUCUUCAUCUCGGCUAACGCCGUCUAACGCUGGACACAUGCGGCCUUCAUGAAUCUCACCUAAAACCUGCAAUGAAAUGUGUUGAUUUUAUUAUUAUUAUUAUUAUUAUUAUUACUACGAUGCGAUUACAGUAUGCAGUUUAUGUGCCUACACAAUGUUCACAAUCACAAAUUCACAUCCCACAGCUGUAACGUUAAGUAGGCGAGGCCAAUUGUUUUACAAUAAAGACCAAAGAGGGCGGGGCUAAGAAAAAUA